AUGUCUGCUGGCAAGCCACCCCGGAUCACCAAGAAAAGGCAUCAAUCUACACCGGCGCGCCAGACACGGCGUCGAGCCAAGCUCCCAGGAAGCUCACCCUUGAUGACGGGUCUUGAUUGGAGAGGCAAAGCGCAAGAGGUUCUACCGAAUGAUGUCCAGCUGGUGGCACAUCCAGCAGCUCCAAGAGUGGCCGCUGAAACGUUCAGACAGAAAACACCACCUCAUGCGGCAUUUUCAAAUGCUCUGCCCGCCGUCACUGAUCGAAACACUGUCCAGAUUGAUCAGACUCGACACUCCAUGGUCACGGCGGACGAGGACAACCGGGCGGGCUGUCCGACAACCACAAAUACAGCCUCUACAACGACGGACCGCCAGCUUGCGGAACAUAUCGAUAACCACCCUGUGAGACGGGCGCUCAAGAGGAGGCCCAGCGACAAGUGCAGCAGCGACUCAAACGGUGAUCAUCAGAAACAGGAGGCACAGGAGACCAUUGUAGCUGCAAGACGCAUUACAGGCCUGGGCUUGCCGCAACCGAGCCACGAUACAAAAGAUGACGGCGCACCAAGUGCCGAUGCGGACAAGGCGAUGGUUGCAACAGCGACUGUAGACGAAUGCUUGCCAGAAAGCGAUGGCGAUAAGAGCGAGACAAACGAGUCCCUCUCAACCCACUCGCCCCGUUCGUCGACAAGCGGCUCUCCCUGGACCUCGUUUGACUGUGGCAACAACGCCCCAAGAGGUCAGCACUCUAAUACCAACGGUCGACCGGGACACAGCGUCCUCAAGCGACGGCGCUGUGAGGACGAGUGCGAGCCAGAGUACAGCAAACCAUCGAAGCGCGUGCGCUGGACACAGUACAACUUAUCUAACGACGGCUGGUGCGAACCAUACAACGAUACGGACCAGGUUAUGUUGAGCGACAUGCAAGAGGAAAUGUCGAGCGAGGAACAGUCCAGUUAUUGUGGCCCGUUCACCCUGGAACUUGCGCUUCCAGCCACGGUGAGUGUAAAUGACGAUGCUGGUCAGGGUAUUGAACAUCAUCACUGGCCUGCGUACGACCCUUGCCGUGACGUCCCACAGGACGGGUACGACCCAUGCCAAGCGCCAGGUAAGUCAGAACCAUACGACCCGGAAGGGCAUUCCCUUCAAGAAGAAUAUGAUCCGGCAGUUGCGUAUCUGGGCAUGGAUGCCACGCUCAGCGAAUGCAGGUCGCUGUUGGAAGACUGUGUUGCCUACGAUGAGGAAAUCAAUCUGGAGGAGCUUGGAAAGAGCCUGGCCACUGUCAUGGACAUUGAUCAAGUGACAUCUCCUCUUUCCGAUUGCGCCGGCUGGGCAAAGAACUGGUUCGACAAGGUGGCGCCAUUCGUGAGAAAAUCCAGUAGAGUCGCUGAUUCCAGGAAAAGCGAAGGCCGGCCUCUGGGCGGCUUGGUUCUGCCAUCACAACCUGACGCUUGCUGGGAUUGUUGUCGUGAGUCGGACACCGGAGAAUCAAUGGAUGAGGGUGAGGAUAUGGCCGAUUGGGACGAAGAGGAGGAAUACGACUAUUAG